ACUCCUGUCUCCCUUUUUUUCUUUGUUCUCUUCAUUUUCUCUGUUUUCCCCCCCGCUGUGCUCUCACCAGUGGCUCAGUGUUCCCCCGCGCUGGGAUGUGGAGCCCACUACGAGUUCGUGAUCGAGGAGUUCUGCCUGACCAGAUUCAGGCUAGACAUGCAGGAACUGGACCAGAGUCAGUGGUGUAGCUGGGAGGACACAGCCAAAUUCUAUGAAGAGCUAACGAACUGCACAUACCUGUUGGCAUCGAACAUGAACUGCUACUGGCCCAAUCGAAUGGUGGACGAGUUCUUCAUCCAGGUUCACAGGCGCUACUUCCAUAACUGCUCAAUGUCUGGACGACGACUCAGGGACCCUCCAAACCGCAUCUUGGGUCCUUUCAUUGUGGUUCCCAUCCUGGUCACCGUCCUCAUGACGGCCCUGGUGGUGUGGAGGAGCAAGCGCAGCGAGGGGAUUGUUUAAUAAAGGGAACAAUCAAGGGCUGGCGUUACAAGUCAAAACAUGCUUUUCACCCCCGCGGUAACAACAGUGUCAGUGUUGGGGAAAGGGUUAUGUUAGAAGGAAAAAGAUGAACUCCAGGCCCUAAAAACAGGUUCCACUUCUGUGAAGACAUUAACGUCCAUUACAUGUUUGUUUCAUCUUCAAAGAUUGGAGUCAUUUCUUGGGUUUACAGAGCACCUUUUGCUGCAAUGUUCACUUGAAUCUGGACCAGAAAACUGACUGGUGAUAGUAUAUUGUACAUAAAACUGUUUUGUUCUGUCAGAAACUGCUCAAAAGGAUGCUGGAUGUGAUUGUACAAAAAUUAAACAAGUGCUUUCAACAACAAAGGAACAGACGACUAAAAGCUCUGACAGGAAACCCACAAAUAUUCUCGUCCUUACAUGUAUGCAUACACUGUACCUAAACUAUACGUAGGAUGUACAGCUUUGUGAUUAUUGUGUCAUGAUUUUGUUGCAUUUAAUGUAUUUUAUCUACACUACCAGUUCUCCCCAAGUCAAGGGUGUAAGUUCAGGAAACGGGAAGCACGUUUUGGAAAAGAUUGUCGAACUCCAGCUUACUUUUUAAGAACUUGCACAUAUAUAGCCAUGAAAAUGAAAGUAGGUUAAACAGUGGGCAGAUGAUAUUGUAAAACAUAACUCCAGAUAAAAAGAAGAUUCAAAGCAGUGGGUAACUUUAAGUUAGCCAACGCACAACGCUCCUGAGCAUCGUCAUCGCCCAAAGCAGUUUGUGAAUCAUGAACCUUGGGUUUCUAUUGAUUUAUGAUCUCUCAGUGUAGUAGAGUGUGCCGCGUGAACUAGUCCUCCAUUGAUAUUGUCAAAUGCUCUUUUUCCUUUAUAAAUCCAUUGACCUGUAACCUGCCUGUCAGCAAAACACACUUUGAGAUACACCCACAGUUUGUAGUUUGUGCCAAAACCUCAUGAAGAAAAAAGAGGGAGAGCCAUGUUUGUUAUGAAACGAAUAUAUAUAACGACUUCUGUUGGAAUGACUUUCACUGAUUGAUUCUGAAAUCUGUGAUUGUGAAGAGAUUUUCAAUAAAAUGUCUGAAUGAUGUGUUGAA